UGCUGUCUACUUGGUUCCACCGCUGGACCAACCGCUCCACGUGCAACAGUCCACCGCAUGCACGGUUUCAUCACCAUCGACAACCGAUUCGGCAGCUUCGCCGCAAUCUAUCGCCAGGGAUUCAUCGUCAUGAUCAAGACUUGAAGUGCUCGACCCUCUAACGUUCACGGACUUCCAAUGGAUGCCCGUUCCCUCGACCGAACGAUUGCCGAAACCACUUGCAACGUGCUUAUGGCACAAUUGCGGGACUACUUGCACACUGCAGUACCAGCUCCGUUGAUGGACGGCGGAGUAGAGGUUGUCAACCUUUACGAUUACAUCGCGAAGAUUGACCGCGAGUUCAAGACGCAACGGUACGACGACAUCGACGCACCAUUGCUAUACAUACGCAUUCAGAUUGGUGAGGCGACCUGCAGUGCCUUCAUCGAUUGCAGAGCAUCUCGCAACUACAUCAGCCAGGACUUCAUGGUGCGCACCGUCCUUGGCCCACGUGUCCGGAAGAAGUCCCAGCCUACGCACGUCACGUUGGCAGACGGUCAUACGCACAAGUCAAUCGACCGGUGCAUUGACGCCGUCCCCGUGUACUUUGCCCCUCACGCAAGUGAGGCUCUGGACACCAAAUUCGACAUGAUCUUGGGCAUGUCAUGGCUGCGAAGCUAUCACCCGGUGAACUUCUUCAACCGCACCGUUCACAUUCGUGAUCGGAACGGAGCACUAGUUCCAUGCACGGUGCUCUUCCUCAUCCUUCCAUCAGCUGCCACGUGGUAUCCGCCGCUAGCAUGCGAGCAUCCAUCAUCAGAGACGACAUCGAGGAGAUGGGG